AUGGUGUAUGGAUUUGAGGAGCCUGAGACGGAGGACAAGACAUCCGAAUACUACUCUGGUCCAGGAAUCGUCCAAGUUUUGACAAUGGAGGGUUUCGAUCAAGUUUUCAAGGCAGAAAAAUUUGUAGCAUAUGAAGAUCAACUCCUCAUGUUGGCCAAAACAAAGAUUGAUGAUAGUUGUUUAGUGAAGGGAUGUUCUGAGCAAGUUGUAAUUUCUACGAAGUGUGUUGGAUCUGCAUUGACAUUGUUUGGAUGGUGCUCCCAGCCAGUGCUAAAUAGAGGUCUACACAGUGGGGACCUGGUUGUGUCAGUGGCAGUUCUGUGCUCUGGGAACAAUUUUAGUAAGGUAGAACUGAUGGGUAGAAUAAUGAAUCUACAUCUUCCAAGCCAGUCUGCCUUCACACGCAUACAGCGGACAUACCUUGUUCCUGCAAUCGAGGAAAAGUGGGAGGAACACCAAGAAAUUGUACGCAAUGAGCUUGUCAACAGAGAUAUUGUGGUGCUGGGAGAUGGGCGCAUGGACAGCCAAGGACAUUGUGCUCAGUACUGCACAUACACAAUGAUAGAGAUGGAUUCAAAGAAGAUUGUGGCUUUGGAAACUUUAGACAAGCAAGAGACUGGGAAAAAAAGUACAAGUAUGGAGAAGUCGGGUUUCCAGAGGGCACUUGAUGAUGUGCAAAGCAGUUUGAAUGUAAAAGAGGUGGUGACUGAUGCACAUUUACAGAUUGGUGCACUAAUGAAACGCCAGUACUCUCAUAUCAAACACUCCCAUGAUAUAUGGCACGCAGCCAAGAACCUAGGGAAGAAAAUCAUUGCGGCUGGUCAAGAAAAGAGUUGUAAGGAACUUUUACAGUGGAGUACAGAUAUUGUGAACCAUUUUUGGCAUUGCUGCAAAGUUGCAAGCACAUAUGAAGAAUUUCUGGAUGUAUGGGUUGGAGUGCUCCAUCAUGUCCAAAAUGAACAUGAAUGGGGAUUAUCCUAUGGAAGGAUGGCACCAGGUGCUUGUUACCAUGAGGAACUGAAUGAUGACAGAGACAAGUCUUGGAUUGAGAAAGGAAGUCCUGCACACUCUGCAUUGACCAAGAAUGUCCUAGACAAGCGAUUCCUCAACAACAACCACUAUUACCUUAAUUUUAGGAAUACAGCAGAUUUGGAGAUCUUCAACAAUCACAUUCUCAUGUAUGCUUCCAAGAGAAUUUCUUAUUCACCCCCAGUGUACAGAGCCAGGAAUAUUUUGGCAGCAUUGGACUACAAUUAUGCAGUUGAUUUGCCCACAGCAACCCAUAAAGAUGGUGCACCUAGAUAUUUCAGAACCUACUCAAAGAAGUCGGGGAGAUGGACAGUUUUUGAGCGGAAGGUGAAGAAGACUUACAGUCAUAUUAAUGACAUCUUUCUGAAAGUUCUGCGAAAGCGUUUUGAGUUAGAGAGAGGCAUGCAUCAUCCAGCGGAACUUGCAGAGAGAGACCCCAGGAGAAUUUCUCGGGUCAUUGCCCCAAAGUCGCCACCACCAACAGUAGAGAUUGCACUUCAGAAAAAGUCCAGAUUUGAAUAA